UAGACAUUUUAAAUAGCCAUUUCAUUCCAUUUUGUUUUUAUCACUCUUUGAAAAUUGUGAAGGAAGCAAGUUGAGCAUCAACUAAGAAAUAGUAGACAAUGAGUUACCAGACAGUAGUACAAAAUUCCAUCAUUGCAAGCUUCCUUGUUUUAUUAGGAAUUUUUUGCUUAGCUCCGGGUUUGACAUUUGUGGAAGGAACCAAUCAGGCAAAUGAACAAAGAUGGCAUCAGACAGUAACGCCAACACAGACUCAAGAAUGCCAACGGUUAUGCGUUACUGCUACUCAGACGCAAGUACAAAGCUGCAUCUAUACAAGCACACAAGUUCCUUAUGUUUCGCAAUGCGUCACCGCUGUUCCCACUACUUGCUAUAAAUAUGUGACUAAAUAUAAGCAAGUAUGUUGCAACCAAGAAUAUGAACAGCAAUAUGGUGAGCAAGAGCAAGAAUGUACGGAGUACUGCCAAUUAUCAUACCAACAAUCUGUCAGCUAUCCUUGUCAAAGUCAGGUAUCCUAUCCAUGCCAGGAGUAUCGUCUGAUGCAAGUUCAACAGUGCUGCCAGAUUCCUAAAGUACAAUGCGUGCAACAUACCCAAGUCUGCAUACAGAAGCAACAGGUACAACAACAACAACAACAACAACAACAACAGCAGCAGCAGGAGGAGGAGGAAUAUUUACCUUACUACCAAUACUACAGUUACUAAAUCCAAAAAUAUUCUUUGUCAAUGUGCCAAAGAGCACAAGAGAAUUUGAAAUAAAGUUGACCAUCACUCAAUCUUGUCCUUGAUUACUUUUCUAUGCAAGUCUCUACAAGAGUUGAAAAUUCCUCGUUCUAUCAAUAGUGGCGCAUAUUAAAAAUGCGAUCGAAUUGUAGUUAUGUACAAUCUGUUAAGUUUUCAUUAUUACCCAUUAGUUUUUAUUCUACAUAGAAAGAAGACAUUAUUAUUUUUUACUACUAACCACAAGAAAUUCGAUAGAUAUGCAACAAUGUCAACAAGCAAAAGCCAGGAUCCCCCUUCCAGUGUCGCUAUAACUUGAAGCCUUUAAAAGUCACGACUAUGGCUUUUAAGUGGCUUUCGGGAGUCACAACCUCCUAGGUUCUGGCGGGCAGUUCACUAUUAUUAUAACGAAAUUUUAAAGUCCAUGAAGGAUGGCAGUUCUAUACAGUAGUAGUUCGCCAAGUCGCACAAAAUUACAGCAAAACAAGUUUGAAAAUACUGCUUGGAAAAUAACUAGCAAUCAGCGUGAUGCGAUAAAAACUGUCAAUUUCAUUCGAUAAAUACUCCUGGGCUCCAGAAGCUGAGUCCUGGUCUGUGGUCACUUUAAGUCUUAACAAGCUUGAUUGAACUGCCUUCAUAAUGGCCUAACAUUAUGUCGGAAACUAUCAAAAUAGAAUAUUGCAAC